AAAGACAAAAAAAAAAAAGCAGCCCAGGGAGGGAGAUCCCCCCUCAGACACCUGCUGGGCCCCCCUGAUGGGACUGGGGCACUGGAAGGGGGCAGAGUCCUGAAUUGGUGGAGGACAGAGAGGAAGCAGCUGCUUGAAGGCCUGGAGGCAGGAGAGUCGCCCUGGGGAGGGAGGGGCCGUGUCUGCUCUCAGGGGAGCCCUGCAGGCCGGUCAGUUCCCUCUUCCCUCGUCCGGGCGCUGUUUUGUGGGUGUCUCCUCCACCUCUGGGGGCCUCCUGCCAGCAGCGACCGCAGGGAGACAGGACUCUGGGAGGGCGGGGGGCAUGGUAUCUAAGGCGCCUCCUGCCAGCCCCACCCCGCUCCUGCCUCAACUGGAAUGUGUGCAAGGCUCCUCCACCUACCCAGCAGGAGGGAGCAGAGCCCAGCGUGCGUGCAGCCGAAACCCUGAAGCACUGCCCGCAGUGCCCGGCUCUGCCUCCCUGAGACCGGGGGCAAGGACGCCGUGGGUCCAGGCCUCUGUGUCCCCAUCACUUCCGCCCCACUGGGGCGGGGGCAGGAGGAAGGGGUUACUGUAGAAAAGCAUGUUUGCCACAUGUGGCUCCUGGUGAGCCUGGUACGUGCACACGUCGUCAGCAUUUUAUGCGAAACAUUUGGAGCAGCUGGUAAAUGGGCCGGUCGGUGCCCAGCGAACGUGAGCUGCCAGUGUUGCUGUGUGCCGGUGUUGCUGUGUACCGGGCCCUGGGCUCCGUGGACUCCUCCUGACAACCACGAGAGGCGGCCACAGCUGCCGGCCCACUCAGCAAUGAGGAAGCCGAGGCUCAGAGAGGUGAAGUCACCUGCCCAAGGUCACACAGCUGGGCCCUGGAGGAACUGGCCUCUGAACAUGGGAUUGCAUCCUCUGUGGGCCCGGACUCCCUGAGGCUCCGUCCCGGCUUCCUUCCCUCCCAGGGCACAAGUGCCCAGGCCCUGUAGGCCCUCCGGCGGGUCCUGCCCCAGGCAGCACCGAGAUGUGCCGUCUCGGUCCCUUACCUGGGGUGCCGAGGAGGGAAGCCCCUCGGUCCUUGAGAGCAGAGCGCACAGGACAGGGCGGGCAUCCUGGGGAAGGGGCGGGGACAAGGCCGGCAAACCGGUCGGGUGGCUGGGCUCCCAGCUCCAGGGCCUCUCAGCAGUUGGGCCUGUGCUGACGCUGCCUGGCGGUGGGGCUGGCACAGCAGGUCAGCGGCGGCGGCAGUGGGGCAGGGAGCUGGGGCGGCAAGGCUGCUAUCAGCAGGCCCCCGGCCACCAUGCACAAGCACUGCACUGUCCACUUCUCCAAGGGCUCCCUGCCUCUCCGGACCCCUACUGAGGCCUAUUUCUUGGACCCAGAGUUGGGGCACCAAAAAGGAUGCUGUCGCCAGUGCUGCCAUGACCCAGCGGCACCUCGAGCCCACAGGCCCUGUCGGCCAUCCCCCCAGGUGUGCUGGCAGCUGGCCUACCAUGGCCACCAAGGGGGUGGCGGCGUCUGUCGCCGGGGCACCCAGGCCCCCAUCCUGCAGCAGCAGCAGCAGCAGCAGCCCCAGCCCCAGCCCCCACCUCCCAGACCCCUGCGGCAGCGGCUCUGCCCUGCUCUGGGAGCACAGAGGGGGCCAUCUCCAGCCACCACUGCCCCCAGGCAACUGGCCAGCGCCCUCCAGCCACCCCCCGCACCCACCACCUCACCCACAGCAGCACCCGCCAUGGCCAGAAGCAACCCAGCCUUGCCCUCCGCAGUCGGCAUCCUCCUGGAGCCCAGCAGGCCCACGGAAGCACGGCCCCUGCCCACCCCUUCGGCCUGCGGCUCCUUCACCUCCUACAACUCCGAUAUCCUGACAGAGGAUGAUGUGUACUGCAGCUGCCUGGCCAAGACCCUCUGCCACGUGCCUGUCCCUGUGACCGUGGGUUUCUACGCCCCCUUUGGCUGCCGCCUACACAUGAUGCUGGACAAGAUCACAGCGCUGAUGCAGCAGGAGGCGACCCAGCGCGAGGCCGAGGAGCUGCAGCGCGUGCAGUGGCGGCCGCGGCCCGUGCGCGGCUGGGGCUUCCCGCAGCUGCUGUGGUACCUGGUUUUCCUGCAGCCGGUCAUCACCGAGGUGCACCUGCGGCGCAAGAACGUCAAGUUCCUCUUCAUCCGCUUCAGCGCCUGGCAGUACGCGGGCACCGACAAGCUGUGGGCCGGCCUGGUGACCACGCUGUGCGAGGGCAUCCGCCAGCACUACGGCGCGCUGCCCUUCAGCGUGUACUCCGUGCUGGGCAACAAGCCGGCCACGACGCCGGACUUCUGCCAGCGCGAGUGGCACUGCCGGCGCCGCGUGUUGCUGGCGUUGCUGGCGCUGCUGGCGGCGCUGGGCCUGGGCGUGGGCCUGCUCUACCUGUCGGUGGGCGCCAGUGCGUCCGGCCACGGGGGCGCCAACGGCAGCCUGCUCCGGGUGUUCGGCAGCGCGGCCACCACGCUGUCGGGCUCGGGGCUGCUCAUGGCCGUGUACUCGGUGGGCAAGCACCUGUUCGUGAGUCAGCGCAAGAAGAUCGAGCGGCUGGUGUCUCGCGAGAAGUUCGGCAACCAGCUGGGCUUCAUGUGCGAGGUGAAGAAGGAGGUGGAGCUGCUCACCGACUUCCUGUGCUUCCUGGAGAUCUACCAGCGGCGCCGGCUGCGCGUUGUGCUCGAGGUCACCGGGCUGGACACGUGCUACCCGGAGCGCGUGGUGGGCGUGCUCAACGCCAUCAACACGCUGCUAUCGGACAGCCACGCGCCCUUCAUCUUCAUCCUGGUGGUGGACCCCAGCAUCCUGGCCGCGUGCCUCGAGAGCGCCGGCUCCAUGAAGGGCACGGCCGACAACGGCUACCUCUUCCUCAACCGCACUGUCACGCUGCCCUUCUCCGUGCCUAUCAUGGGCCGCCGCACCAAACUGCAGUUCCUGCACGACGCGGUGCAGAGCCGCGACGACCUGCUCUACCGCGAGAUGACGCGCAAGCCGCGGCCGCCGGGCCGGGGCGGGGGGCGGGGCCCGGGCCGGGGCCGGGGCGGGGGCGGCGAGGGCGCCGAACUCCUGGCGGUGGAGACUCAGCCCGGGGCCCAGCGCGCGCACAGCCUCAUCGACGCCGAGGCUGCGCGCCGCAUCCAAGAGGCGCUCUUCUGCCUGCACGACGAGCGCGACUGCCUCUACGAGUACGUGCCCGACAACGUGGUGUCCAUGCGGCGCAUCGUCAACACCGUGCCCAUCACCGUGCGCCUGCUGCAGCAGCAGCAGCAGGGAGACUCCGGGGGGCCGUCGCCGCGCCAGGCCGUAGCUUGGGUCGUGCUCGCCAACCAGUGGCCGUGCCGCCUCAGCUGGGUGCUGCAGUGCCUGGAGGACCGGCAGCAGGCCGGGGGCGCGCCCGAGGCCCGCGCGCGCCUCUGGGACGUGUUCUGCGACAACAGCCGCGAGCUGCACACCAUGACCAAGGCACUGCAGAACGUGCUCGACCUGGACGGCGACCCCGAGCUUUUCGAGCGCUUCCUGGGCACCGACUUCCCCUUCACCGUGGCCGAGGCGCAGAGCCUGCUGCGCUGCACCGUCAACCUGGACCACUCCAUCCGCCGCCGCAUGGGCCUCAUCCGGGCCGUCAGCGCCCUCAAGCCGCCCAGCCCGCCCAAGUCCCCGGCCCGCGACGCCCCCCACGCAGCCAACGGAGCCAACCCCGCCCCCGGGGCGGGGCGGGCAGACCACCCUGCAGGGCACUCCUCUCCGCGGGCCAGGGAAGCCCACGACCCCCGGGACAGGGCACACGCGGGCAAGCCCAGACCCACGGCCUGAGCGCCCUUCACUGGGGGAAAUGCAGCCCAGGUGGGCUUGAACGGAAAGCGCAGCAAGGGGCAACACCCGUCUGCCCCCCAUGAGGGUGCAGGGGGCCUGACUGGCCCGAGGCCCAGGA